GUGGGGAUUACUUCUGCUUUACUGAGUUCAUGUAAACUGAAAAGUUUGACCUUACCAAGUGCUUGGAUCAGUACCAGUAAGGGAGUGCCCAAUCUGGCUUCUGGAUUUUGUGACGUAGGAUAAGAGAAAGCCAUGCUCCAACACCAUGCUGAGUUCACUGACUGUGCCAGGAAACACUGCUUCCACCUCUCCCACAGCCAGCCCCUCAGCAGCCUGCCGCUCUCCUGUCUGUGACGGUUAUUAUGCUCCUAACAGAGGCACCAAACGCCCACAGCAGAGUGGGUGUCCGGUGUAGUUAGCCAUGAGUUGGGGAGCACCAGACCAGGCAUCACAAGAGUUGGGAUCUGAGGAUUUGCCUCAGUGCGACCAGAAUCCUUCUAGGAACUGGCAGUAACGUUAACUAGGUGCUGUUUGUGAAGAAGUCUGAAAAGGCUCGGGAUGAUCACAGAGGCUUCUUAAAAUACCGAACAAGCCCUUUUUCCUCCUUGGGUGCCUGAAGGCAAGAUGGGUCACCAGCAGCUCUACUGGAGUCACCCGUGGAAGCUCGGCCAGGGUUCUCGCUCUUGCCAUGUCUGCUCUAACCGCCACGGUCUGAUCUGUAAAUAUGGGCUGAACAUGUGCCGACAGUGCUUCUGUCAGUACUCGAAGGACAUAGGCUUCAUUAAGUUGGACUAAGCGACCUGAAUGGAUGAUUCAACUGUCUACCCAGUGAUACCAAUCAUGCUAGUCUUUGUGUACACAGAAUAAAAAAAGU